UUUGGCUGUGGCACAACGCGGAAGCCUCUUGGCCGAGAGCAGCUGAGGCCGGUUUCUCCUUUCCGCCGCCGUCUCCGGGCCUGGACCCCUGCCGCGACCAUGUCCUCCGACUUCGAGGGCUACGAGCAGGACUUCGCGGUGCUGACAGCGGAGAUCACGGGCAGGAUCGGGAAGGUGCCCAAGCUGCUGGGCGAUGAGAAGAAGCAGAUGGUUGCAAAUGUGGAGAAACAGCUAGAAGAAGCAAGAGAGCUGCUUGAACAGAUGGAACUUGAAGUUCGAGAAAUCCCCGCCCAAAGCCGAGGAAUGUAUAGCAGCAGAAUGAGGAGCUACAAACAAGAAAUAGGAAAACUUGAAGCUGAUUUUAAAAGGUCACGGAUUGCCUACAGUGACGAGGUGCGGAAUGAGCUCCUAGGGGAUGAUGGGAAUUCCUCAGAGAACCAGUUGAUAAAAUUACGUGAAGAGAGGGCACAUCUGCUCGAUAACACAGAGAGGCUGGAAAGGUCAUCUCGGAGACUAGAGGCUGGAUACCAAAUAGCAGUGGAAACCGAGCAGAUUGGACAGGAAAUGUUGGAAAACCUGAGCCAAGACAGAGAGAAGAUCCAGCGUUCUCGGGAAAGGCUUAGAGAAACAGAUGCAAACUUGGGAAAGAGCUCCAGGAUCCUAACCGGAAUGUUGCGAAGGAUCAUCCAAAACCGGAUUUUGAUAGUUAUCUUGGCAAUCAUCAUCUUCUUCACCAUCCUGAUGGCUAUUUAUUUUUCUGUCAAGAGACACUGAUAUCUUGGUUCUUCACUAAACAGCAACAAACUGCUUGUUCUGAGUAAUUAAGACAAAGUGGUCACAUGAAUCACUCUCGCACUGACAGAAUCUCCCUGUCUUUGCCGCUGUUCAACUCAGGUGCAAGUAGUGUAAAAAUAUCUUGUAUUAUUGAUUGCAUGUGGAUUCAUUUUUUCCCUUGUUUUUUUCCUUAAAAUGAAUGUUUUUGGAAUCUUCGUAUAUGGGUUUUAAUAUAAAAAUCAUAACUAAGCAGAAUUAAUGUGUGUCAAAUUUCACACCAGGUGAUUCAUUUGUAAGUUGCAAGAGUUUGGGGCCGGGGGAAGUGUCUCCGCACUUUUCUUUUCUUGUCUUGUGUUGGGUAUAUAAAUAUCUAGCAGUAUCUGAUCUUCUGUGACAUCAAAGAAUAUGAGUAAAGCAGAAACCAAAUGAUGUAGAAAGUGAAGCUGUCCCAUGUGAGCCAUUCCUGUUCAUAAGUGUCCAUAAUAAAUGUUAAAUAGUUAAUUUUAAAAAAGACAUCACCUCAUGUCAGAGGGUGUUUAAUACCUGAUGUGAACCUACUACUAUAUCUGACACAAUUUUGCACAUCAACUUUCUUUACUAUUAGAAACAUUUCCAUUUGCACCAAGACCCAACUAUGAUAUGUGCAUUACUUGCCCAAUGUUUAAUAGUGACCAUGGCACAUAGUAUUGAAUCAGCUUUGCAUUGUUCCAAUGCUAAGAUAUAUUCUGGUAAAAAAACAACCAGUAGUCUAUUUUAAAGAUGUGUAAAAAUACUUAUCUGUUAUUUUCCAGCUGCAAAGAGAACCUAGAUCAAUAUUUCAGUAACAAAUACAAUAGGAUUACAUUAAAUGCAAACAGAAUUAAGGAUUUUAAGUAUGGGUAUGAAAAUGAGUUCAUGUGCAGAAAACAGUUUUAAUGAAUUGAAUUCAAACUUAUCACUGACUUUUUAAAUAGAAAGUGUGAAAAUGUUAAUUUAUACUAACAAAUGUUGUUCACUGAUAUAUGGUAUAAAAGCUUCAUCUAAUAGGAGAUUAGUGUGUAAAUGGGAUGUGUGUUUCCAUCCUGUUGGCUUUGUCUCUUUGGCAGAGGCAUCUAGUUCCUUUUGUUUAUAAACAUGUUCAUAGCUCUAGCAAAGGUAGUUUUCUGGUUAUGCAGUAAAAGAUUGUGCAUGAUCACGUUUUAACUCAUUAUAUGUAAUCCAUUACAAAUUUUAUGAAUCUAGAGAGUUUGUGAGCCCUUGAACCUAAGCCAUAAAAUAUUUUAGGAGGAGAUUUUCAAAGGAACAAAGGGCAGUUUAGGUACCCAACCCCUUUGGAAGUUAAUGGGAGUAGAGCUCUUAACUUCCUUUUGUGCCUUUGGAAACUCAGAGAUUCUGCCUUUGGACAUAUCUGUGAAGACACCGUUGAUUCCCAUGUUAUCCCUGCUCAAACAGCUGAGAGCAGAAUUUGGCCCGAAACAUGUUGACUGUCUUUUCUACAUAGAAACAAAUAACUUGGUUGAAACACCCUUGAUUUUACCAACAUAAAUAAGCCUGUCAAAGCACAGUAACAAUAUGAACAAUGGAAAGAUUUACCAGAGAAAUAGUACUUAUUGAAACCGGUUAGGGCAUGCAUGUAGUCCGAUAAAUCAUUUAGUGCUGUGUGAGGAGAACUUCAGCCUUUAUCUUCUAGUAAUGGUGUGAAACUAAGUUCAUGUGACAUGGGACAUGGACAGGGGGUGAAGGGGAA